AUAGCCAAGAGGAGUUGUAAUCCGCAUCUGUCAAGAAAAAGAUAUGAAUCACUCCAAAAGAUAAUUAUGAUGCUUCAAAUAACCAAUAUCUGGCCAUUUCAAAGACUCUAGAAGGGUACAUGCUAUCAGAAUUUUGAAGUGAUUUAAUAUUACAUUUUAAAAUUGGAUAACUGCGUUUCAUAUCAAUAUUGUCCCCCAAGAAGGCAACCGGCUUCCAAAACAUUGUGUGAAACUCGCAGACUCGCAAUGCGUUACAUUUUGGCCUUACUAGUAGGCAUCUGUUGUCUGUCCGCUUCUCUGGCUAACGAGCAGCAAUGUCUGGCAAUGCACGGCUUCCAGAACACGUACGCAGCCGUCCGCCAGAAGGCCGAGGAGAUGGCGACACUGGUACAAACCCUGAAAGCACAACUGGACAACUCCAUUGAGCUUAACUGUGGCGAUAUUGGUGCAAAUGUUGCACAAAAUCUGUACACGUUCAAUUUGACCCACUGCGACUUUGAGGACGGAAGUCAGAUGUGUAACUUUACCCAGAACCGAGACGACAAUUAUGAUUGGAUGCUGGAAAAUACUCACCCAGAUCACACACUGGGCUCCAAAAUGGGUCAUGCUUUGAGUUCAUACAGAUACGGAAGUCGAUAUGUUACGCGUAUUACGUCAAGACCUUUCAAUCCUGCACAAGCGUACUGCAUACGUUUUUACUACAAGGCAGAAACUCGUCCAAACACUAGUGGAAAGCUGAAUGUGUAUCUACAAGAGGGUACUCUGAGAGGCAAUCCCGUGUACUCAGUGACCAACAUCCCAGCACACAACUGGACCCUGGCGGAAUUCAGCCCUGAUCCAGAAUACCUAAGGAGGCCAUUUCAA